CGAGGGGUAUGAGUGUCGAAGAUGGUUGGGGUUGACUCUGUGUAGUGCAUGGACUUUUGCUCGAUCUUUGAUGUGAUUGCAGGAAACUUGAAGAGAAAGGUCUGUCAAGAUGCCGGAGAGCGGUGGUAUAUCGGAUGACACCGGGAAGGUCCUGACGCUCAAGGACCUUAUUGCGGCCAUUGACCGGCAUGAGAGGACUCCCAACAAUGUCCCUAAGGUUGACACCUUUCACUUCGAUGGAGAAAGAAUCUCAGACUGGCUGGAUCGGGUAGAACAAGCAAUGGUGGGGCUAUCAGAUGCAGUGAAGUUCCAGCGGAUCAUGAGAUAUGUGCUUUAUGGGCACCAUCUGGAGGUGCAGAGGGUGGUCAACGACGCCCACGGCGAUUGGGCCAGGUUCAGCGAGGGAAUGCAAAGGAAGAAUACGUGGCCGAAGACCAUAAGGAACCGGCCCAAUCCAGGGUCUUUCACGAUCAAAGAGUCGGAGGGUGAGCGUCGGAGGCUCCGGGCGGAGCCAGAAGAGGAAGAGAGGGUUGAAGCAUUCUCCCUCAGCUUGUCGGACGUGGGAAAGGCCAUGGAUUUGGUAGCCGCACAUGAGAUGGCAGAUCCGGAUGCCAUCCAGGCAUUGAGGAGCAGGGAUGGUCAAGAGGGAGAAGCAGUGGAGAAUACGCCCCCAGUUGACGGAUUUUUGGAUCAGGAGGAAGAUGUCCGUCUCCAUAUUAACAAGUGGUCGCCGCGAGUGCCUAGUUGUGUGGACCAUCCUAUCUGGAAAGCGCCGAGUGGAUAUGAACGGAACGCGGAGCUAGUCCUUAAGUCGUUCGAGGAAGAGGAUCCUUUGGGCGGUAAAGAUGUUCAGUGGAUGAUGAAGUUGGCGUUGGCUGGAUCGCAUAACUUAGUAGAAGAUAUGAGGGCAACAGAGGAAGGGUCAGGCCAGGUAGAUAGGCAUGAGGAACUGAUGUGGGGAAUGUAUCUCCUCGUCAACAUACUACUGCAGGAAAGCCUCGAUCAAGCAGGUUCGUUGAAUCCGACGGGGAAUAAGGACGAGGUGCCCGAGAGUCAGGACGACGAGUUUGAAGAGGAUGAGAUCAAACAGGCCUUUUGUAAAGAGGAGUAUGAAGGGAUCUACCUGGAAUUAGGACUCCUGUCUGAUUUUACGAAGACAGCCAUGCGAAGAGGAGGGAAGGGGACACGGCCGCCACAAAGGCCGUUGGGGGCAUCAGGAGGAUAUGAGCGGCAUAGGCCUCACCAUCGAGAAAGUACUCCGGUAUACGAUGAUGGGGACAUCGAGUUAUUCCUGGACAGUUUCUGGGAGCAUGCGAGGCGUAUGGGCUGGACCGUGGCCCAGGCGAUUGAGAGAUUGAGGGGAGCCAACACGUUCGAGGAGCCCAUUGCCCGGAUCCGUAGGGAGGUGACGACGAGGCCAGAGGUGGAGAUGAGGAUGCAGGAGCUACGACCUUCGCUUGUGGGACCUGAUGGCAGACCGAUUCGCCUAGAGAUCGAAAAUUCGGCAGAUUUUAUCCCCGCCUUCGAGUGGUUUAUACACUUAGCAGCUCAUGCCCUGGAGCACCCAGACCGGGAGGAGCCAGCACCUGCAGAGCCUCGCCAGGAGUCGUGCCAGCCUGAGAAGGAGGUGGAGGCAGAAAUCCCAAAGAGGGUCGACCAUCGCACGAGGGAGAGGGCACCAGCCGGCGAGACGGCAGAGGAGAAGAGGGCGAGACGAAGCAGGAGAAUAGAAGAGAUAUGGCAGGAAAGGCAGAGAUUGGAAGCAGCGGGGGCACUUCCGGAGCAGCAACUGGAAAGGCAGAAGUUAGAGGCAGCAGGGACACUUCCGGAUCAGCCACCCAACGCGCCACCUAAGGCUCCCGAAAUCCCAGAGAUGUGGAGGGACUUUUGGGAGCAAAGAGGAGAGGAGCUUCCUUCGCCAACCAGAGUCGGGUUUGGGGUAGCAAGGAAUGCGGAAGAAAGGUUGGAUCACAAAAUCAAGUUUCUGGCCAAGACAACUUUUGACCGGCACUUGUUAUUGGAGAGCGAUCUGGCGGGGAAGAAGACAAAGGAAGAAGGCCAAGGAAGAAGGCCAUGGAGUACGCCUGAAGGCUAUGGAGGUGGAAAUCCAGGAGCUUAGGGCAUUGGUGGCCAGCCAGACAGCUAUCAUCGAGAACCUGAGGCAGCAAUUUCAGG